AUGACUACAUACAACGUUUCUACAGGUCGUGGGGGGGCUGGUAAUAUCCAGAAAACAAAUGCAAAGGCUUCACCAAGAUUGGUACCGCAAGGUUCGCAGACUCCCAGUAUAUUGCAACCUGUUUUCAGCACUGGGAGAGGUGGUGCUGGGAAUAUGAGAAGAAAUGUUGAUGCCAAAUUGACGAGGAGGGCACAGGAUGUGGAGGACGAAGAGGACGAUUUUAUUGGUCCACAGGGUGAGGAUGAUUAUAUCGAGCCACUUUCAGGAGACAACAUUGAGGUUGCUGUUUCCAAUGCGUUGAGUAGUCGUAGUCGUGGUGCUAGUAGUCGGGACAAUGUUCAUAAAGUGCGUUCUAAGGCGAACAGUGCCUUGGAUGAGAGACCGGCCAUUGUGGUUGGAAGAGGAGGAGCAGGUAAUAUAAUAUCACCAGUUGCAAGCCGAAAAGGACAGACUAAGAAGAAGAAGCAAACACAGGAGAAAAAGGGCUUAUGGUCUUCUUUGAAAAAACUCUUCUCAUGA